AUGAUCACUCAUGGUGUUGUGGUGGUGGAGCGGUGGUGGUUGUCGGUGCUUAUAGUACUAGUGCUGCCACUGUGUUAUGGUGACAGAGUCAGUAUUUCUCGUAAGAAGCUCGAUGAUUUUACAAAUUACUUGAAGGGCUUCAACAAGCCUCCUCUUAAAUCCAUCAAGGUCCUCUCUCCACUCCAACUCCAUUCUUUCUUUUUUUUUGGAGAAUUACAUUGUUUUCAAAGGAAAUUGAUCACUAAAUUGGUUAACUCAUUGAGAAAUGCUCAACCUAACCUCAUCAAUCAAGGUGGUCACCAGCAUGCAAUAGCUUAUGUUGAAGGAGACAAGUUCUAUGGAGCAGAGGGAACAAUGAAUGUUUGGGAACCCAUAAUCCAGCAGCCUAAUGAAUUCAGCUUGUCUCAACUCUGGAUCUUGGGAGGUUCUUUUGCUUCAGAUCUUAACAGCAUCGAAACUGGUUGGCAGGUCUGCCCAGACUUACAUGGAGAUAACAACACUAGACUUUUCACCUACUGGACUAGUGAUGCAUAUCAAGCCACAGGGUGUUACAACCUCCUGUGUUGCUCAUGUCCCUAA